AUGCCCUAUACCGCCGAUCACUUCGACAAAGACGGUACCCGUUGCGUCCUUUGGCCGCAAAGCUCCAUCGCCACGAUACCCACUCUUGAUGGUCACGAAUUGGGUCUUGGCGUUUAUCCCGUUGCUAUCUACGGCGGCAACAUCCAGGGCGACCUGUACAGCACCCUCGUCGAAAUCACCGCAGAUCCGAUCGCAGGCCCGAAAGUAGAGCGCGUGGUACCCCAGCUCUUCUACGCGGAUGAAAGUCCCCUGUAUGGCGGCUUUAGCACUAUCGUCUCCCACGGCUCAUCCAACUCAUCCAACUCAUCCGACCUCUACCUCUUCAGCAAAGAAUGGGAUGCCGCCACCUUGACAGGAGGUAUGCGGGUCGCAAAGGUUCCUGUCACGUCCUACAAAGACCGCACACAGUACACCUACUGGGACGGCGCAACGUGGACUUCCGACCUUGCUGCUGCGUCCAAAGCUCCUGCGGGCUUGCUUUUCGCAAGCAGUCUCUCCACUGGUGACGUAUUCUGGAGUGAAUACUACAACACGUAUAUGGUGGUUUAUUUCAACUCUUUCGCGGAUAGCACCUUUUACAUGCGCUAUGCGCUGGAGGGUACGGUGACGGGGAAGUGGAGUGAUGAGAUCAAGCUUGCGGCUACGCAGCCUGGUACUGGGCCGCAGCCGUAUAAUUAUGCUGGACACGCGUAUCCGUCGUUUGGGGAGAAUGGAAAGGAAUUGGUCUUGAGUUAUACAAUGGCGGGUGGCGCGUUGACGGAUAUGAUCAAGGUUACGUUCGACUGA